AUUUCAACUACCAGACAGUGAACAGUCGACCACAUUUUUAUAUAAACGAACAGUGAAAAGAAAAGUUCCAAUCGGAGACAUAGAAAUGGCAAAACCAGAAAGUAGAAAUCUAUUCGAUCACUUAUACGGAGUGUUUUGUAAUAACUUACGUGAAUUGGGCAAAGCGUCGAGUUUUUGUCAAUUGAUUAAAAAUGCCAAUUCCGAUCUGAAUCGCAUAACCGCAUUGAGUAAAGUGUGCAACAUUGUGCUGUUGGUAAAAUCGGUAAAGAAAUGCAUGAGAAACAAUUCGAAAAAUGCUCAACGAACACAAGACAUACUGGAGACGUACUACGCCAAAAAGGAGCAUUGUAGUGACAGUGAAACUGAUUUGAUUGCUCUACUCAAUUCGGCUUUGGCCAGUACUGAAAUCGACGUUGAAUUGAAUUUCGACCGGCUGAACGAUUUCGGCCGCAAUGAAGUGAAUUUCAUCGAAAAUUUACUUGUGAACAGCGAGGAAAAAUCUCCCACAUUCGAGGAAUUGCUGUUGAGUGAAAUACACGGCGAACGGUCGAUCUAUUUUUACAACGCCACCGAAUACGAAGUGUGUAUGCUUGAGGCGCUGCGUGGAAUAUAUUAUGCCAAAAUUAACAGAAACCGUCCAAAUGAAUCGCUGUUUCCGUUGUUGUAUUUGAUAUGCACAGCUUUGUGGAAGCUCAACCACUCGGAAAUGGCAUCGAAUGUGCUACAAUUAUCGGUUAAAUUGUUGCGAAUAUCGUCCUUGGACAAUGCGGCGAAAUCUGUGCAGACCGUGAAAUUGGUAAAACUCAUGAAAGUUGUCCAAGUAUCAUCGAAGGACGGAGGAUGCGAAGCUGAUCAACUAAAUUUUAAGCCUUUCCUGGAACACAGAAUUGAAACUAUUCCCAAAGUAACGGAAACCAGUGACGUGCUGAUGGGAGCGUGUAGCAGUAUUGCAUUGAAAUGGCAAGUAGAUCGGGGACGGCAUGUUGUUGCAACUCAAACCAUUCCACUUGGUACAACAAUUAUCACCGAACGACCGUUUACGUCAACCAUUCAUCCAAAGAACAAUUUUCUAUUUUGUCACAAUUGUUGUCAUGAAGUGAAGAAUUUGGUGGCGUGUAAAGACUGCACAACAGUUGUUUUUUGUAGUACACUAUGUCGGUCAGCAUGCCAGGCCUAUCACCAAUACGAAUGUAAAUUUAUGAAAACUUUCACUUCAUCGGAAGUGCUGGGCGAUAAGGGUCUUCUUUGCUAUCGAUCCGUUUGCAAAACUGAUGCACGAGUUUUAGAAUCGCACUCUCGAGCAUAUCUAACGUUCGACGGAAGUGAUACCGCUGAGGUGCAUGACAAUGAAUUGGAGUGUCUCAGCAACAAAUUCAUAUUGGGUUUAGAUGCGUCAGGCAAGUUGGAUUCUCAAAAUUACGCAUCAAUCUUCGCACAAUCACCAAACUCUAGUGCUCGACUCGGAGGUGAACUUUUGAAGCGAAGUUUUUCGGCCAUCUUUCUCACUAUUUGCUUAAGAUUUGCUGGCUAUUUCGAGGAAGCCGACGUCAGUGACAUUGAAAAUGGAAAGCUUUAUGAAAUCGAACAACACGUUGCAUCGGUGUUACUCCGCUAUUUGCAAAGUGCCAGCUGCAAUUCGUAUGCCGUCAGCAAUAUAAACGGAAGUAAUCCACGGCGUGUUCAAAUUAACGAAAUUGGUGUGGCCACUUAUCCCAUACUGUCAACCAUAAACCAUAGUUGUAACAGCAAUAUUUAUCGAUUCACCAUGGGAAACACGAGCGUUGUAAAAACUCUUCGAGAAAUUCGAACUGGCGAAGAGAUACUUGACUCGUACGGGCCACAUUUCGCGUCCAAUUCGAUUGAAGACAGAAUACGCUUUUUGGAAGAACAAUAUUUGUUCUGCUGCAAUUGUCAGUCUUGCGAUGAAAAUUGGCUAGUUUACUCGAAACUACCGAAGCAAAAUCUUAGCAUUAAAUGUCCUCAGUGCGACGGUGAAUCAGCAGCCAGCGGAAAAGGCAAAAACGUUUGCCUGAAGUGUUCGAAUACGUUCGACACCAGGAAGAUUAUGAAAAUGACCAAAGAGUUGGAAAUCAAAUUUCAAGAGGCCAAACAACGGCUCCUGAAUUCGAAUAAAAUGUCUACUGCGGAUCAUGAAGCGGUUCAGGGUGCAAUUGUGAGGUAUGCCAAUGCUUUGGAGAAAAUUCAGAAAUGGCCCAGUCAAACGCUAAUUGAAUGUCAAGAGACGUUGAAAUUAUGUUGGAAUUUACGGUACCAAUAACACAACACACCACUUUGCACUAACCACGAGACAUUUAUUGAAAAUCGUUUUGAGAAAUUAAAGAACUUU